AUGGAUGAAUACAAAGCAAUCUAUCUGAAAAAUGUGCCUUCUGCGAGAUAUGUGAAAUUUGGAGAUGUGUCCGAACGUCUAGCAUUACGGGAACGUUUGAAGUGCCACUCCUUUUCAUGGUAUCUUGAAACCAUCUACCCUGAAUUAAAAAUUCCUGAACGUGAUAAAGGAGAAUUAUAUCACUUGAAGAAUGGAAUUAUGUGCCUGGAUACACUAGGACGUAGGGCUGGCGAAGCUCCAGGUUUAUACCAGUGUCACGGAACUGGUGGUAAUCAGGUUUUUAUGAAAACUGUGAGUUGUGAGUUGUUUUAUUCGUUGUUUAUACUGUAG